AUGGCCGUCAUGCGCGCCAAGGCCCUGGCCGCCGCGCCGCCGCCGCAGCUCAUGGCGUCCGCGUACCCCUUCUCGCCGUCGCCCAAAGGAGGCGUCAGCCUCAGCUUCCUGCUCCAGCAACAUCAGCAGCAUAGCGAGACCCAAAGGGCGGCGGCGGCGGCGGGCAUGGUGCUCGGCGGCGAGGACAUGCACAGGUUCCCGGUGCGCUCCCCCCGCAUGGACCGCGGCGACCUCAUCGCCAGCCCCGCCGCGCGGCAGAUCUACCUCACCUUCCCGGCCGACUCCACCUUCAGCGAGGAAGACGUGUCCAACUACUUCAGCAUGUUCGGGCCGGUGCAGGACGUGCGCAUCCCGUACCAGCAGAAGCGCAUGUUCGGCUUCGUCACCUUCGUCUACGCCGAGACGGUGAAGGUCAUCCUCAGCAAGGGCAACCCGCAUUUCGUGUGCGACGCGCGCGUGCUCGUCAAGCCCUACAAGGAGAAGGGCAAGGUCCCCGACAGGUUCAGGAAGCUGCAGCACGCGCACCAUGGCGCCGAGUUCGCCGGUUGCACGUCGCCCACCGGAUUGCUGGAUUCCAGGGACCCCUACGAUCUCCAGCAGCCCCAGAUCGGACCAAGGAUGAUGUACGGGAACAUGGCUAACCAUGAGGCGUUCCUGAGGAGGAAGCUCGAGGAGGAGCAGCAGGCGGCCGAGCUGCAGCAAGCCAUUGAGCUGGAGGGGCGCCGCUUCAUGGGGCUGCAGCUCCUUGACCUCAAGAGCAGGGGUCACCAUCUCGGGCUCGGCUCCCCCGUUGGUUCAGGCUCGCCCAUGUCUCUGGGGCAAGCUGAUGGCAAAUGCAGCGGCAACAACGGGAAUGGCAAUGCCGCCCAUUUGGAGGAUGUCACCGGCAUCCAAGAUAAGAAGAUGAGCAGUACUAGUAGCCUUGCAAUGAGUGCUCCUGCUGCUGCCUCUGCAACUGAUGCAGAAGGCAAGCACGAGGAGCAGCAGGAAGAGGGUGGAUAUGGCAGCCCCAAGCAGGCAGUCAACCCAAGCAGGCAGCCCCAAUCUGGUCCUGUGACAGCUACACCCAAUGCUGCUUGUGGAUUCCAGGAAAGUGGCGUGGUGGAGCACAUUUUGCCUGACAGCCCCUUUGCAUACCCCACCAAGGCCUCCAUUGAUACUAUUACUACUGCAACUGCUCAGAAUGGUAGCAUCAGCAACAGCAGCCCUCAUCAUGUGGCUUCGUCCCUUUUCCCAGCUGCAUCCACCCUUGAGCUGCCCCCAUACAACUGCUUUUUUCAGGUGCCCAGGUUUUCUCCUGGGCAUGAAGCCAUUGGGCUGUGA